AUGCUGGACUCAGUGGCACACAGCUCCUUCCUGCCCAACACGUCCUUCUGCGACCCACUCAUGUCGUGGACCGAUCUGUUCAGCAACGAAGAGUAUUACCCCGCCUUUGACCAUCAGACAGCCUGCGACUCCUACUGGACCUCGGUGCACCCUGAGUACUGGACCAAGCGGCACGUGUGGGAAUGGCUGCAGUUCUGCUGCGAUCAGUACAAGCUGGACGCCAACUGCAUCUCCUUCUGCCACUUCAACAUCAGCGGGCUGCAGCUGUGCAGCAUGACGCAGGAGGAGUUCGCCGAGGCGGCCGGCGUCUGCGGGGAGUACCUGUACUUCAUCCUGCAGAACAUCCGCACCCAAGGUUACUCCUUUUUCAACGACGCUGAAGAGACCAAGGCCACCAUCAAAGAUUAUGCUGACUCCAACUGCUUGAAAACCAGUGGCAUCAAAAGUCAGGACUGUCACAGUCACAGCCGAACAGGCCUCCAAAGUUCUCACCUGUGGGAAUUUGUGCGCGACCUGCUUCUAUCUCCUGAAGAAAACUGUGGCAUUCUGGAGUGGGAAGACAGGGACCAAGGGAUUUUUCGUGUGGUUAAAUCGGAAGCCCUGGCAAAGAUGUGGGGACAGAGGAAGAAGAACGACAGGAUGACGUAUGAGAAGCUGAGCAGAGCGCUGAGGUACUACUAUAAAACGGGCAUUUUGGAGCGGGUUGACCGAAGGUUAGUGUACAAAUUUGGAAAAAACGCACACGGGUGGCAGGAAGACAAGCUAUGACCAGCUCCAGGCACCAGGCUCCUCUGAAGGAUUUGUCUUUUAAAACAAUCACAUUGCAACAGACAUUUGAAAGUCUCUUUUUUUAAAAACCUGCAAACAUCCUGAUAAAACUUCUCUACAGUCAGCUUAUAUUUGGGUUCUGAGUUGUUGUCUACUUGGAGUAAUGACAGCAGCCCUGAUGAAAUCGGUUUCGUCCCACCCCAAGGGGAGGUGGGGAUGAUCUUUAGUGGUCCCUUGAUCAAACAUUAUCCCUCUAAUCAAGAGUUCCAGAACCACAAUAGCCAAUGCCAUUGAUGCCACUCAGAGAUACCCAGCCAACCCUGCCACUGGAGGCACAUUCAAGACCCCCGUUCCAAAGACUGAAAAGCUUUCAGUUAGUUUACUGUGGCACCUCACAAAAGGGGGAGAGUGACUAGUGUGUGGUCAUUAGGUACUUACUUUAAAUCACAAAGUCAAACUACAUAGAAAGGUUUCUGAAUUAGUGACAGGGCUAAGCCAUCAAGCUGCACACAAUUGGAUUUUGCUUAGGUUAAGAACAGUUUCUUACCCAGACAAUCAUUUUGACCACUCAGCAAAGCUCCCAUGGCUAUCCUUCCAGAAUCAUCUAAAGUUAGCCACAUUAAGUUCGGUUAAGUUUGUGUCCCCUUUUCUCCCAACUGGUGGCUGGCAUCAGAUAUGCAGCGUUAGUCAACAGCCACUUAUAUCAUUCUCCAAAUCACUGCUGUUUCCAUGAUUCAA